AUGAAUCUGUCCGAAGAAGCACCCACCGCCAUCCGGGGAAACUUCAUCCCCGUCUCUGGCCCCUCUAGUCGCGCUGCUUCACCUAGCCGCCAACGCGCUGACGUCGGCGUCCACAUCCACCUGAACCUCACCGACUCACAAAUGGAUCGGCUUGCUUCCUCCCUCCCGGGCCAUGAAUCGCCUGGCAAGAGACCUCGCCGCCGCCAGAACGGUUCGGACGCGACCGAGAUGAUCCAGAUUGGCAUAUCGCCCCAUCACAACAGCACGGGAUCACGAGGGUCUCGAGACAAAGACAGAGACGCCUCGCCCAUGCGGGCCCGCACGUCUGGCAGUGACAGCCACCGCAGUCGUCGCUUCGUUCGCCAAGAUGACGCGGCCAAUGAAUCGUUCUCGUCCAGAGCCCUCCCUUCUCGCUCUCGCUCCCCUGGGAAGCGCUUCGAAUCUCCAGACAAAGUUGGAGCUAUGUCACGCUCUUUGAUCGACGAUGACAUAAACCUGGCCGACCGCAGAGGACAGCUGCGUCUCACCCCGGUCGAUGUCGAGUCAGCUCGCCAGUAUGGUUUCGUGUCCAAGCAGGCUGUCGUCGUCGAAGGCCCGCACCACCCUCGAUCUCAGUAUGCCGCCGUCAACCCGCCCGUGACCCCACCUCUCCGGCGUGUGCCCAAGUUGACCAGCCCUCGUCGCGAAGCUGACAGCAUCUCCAUUACCUCCUCGUACUAUUCUGAAGACGACGUGGGACAGGCCCGCCCGUCCUACAUCAGCCCUCUUAGGGUUCGCAAGGAUCUUGACAGCGACCGUAGCGUUCUUCAACCCUACAGCACCCGGAAUCCGUCUCCCUCGCUCGACCGGGCCAAGUAUGACAGCUCUCCGGUCCAUCGCUCCUCACCCCAUCGUGGCUUGCAGAAGACCGCCACCACGGGCGAUCUGCGUGAGCUUCAAUCAGACGAGGCCGCCCGUCCCCAGCGCACCUACUCCCCUCUUUCUGACUACCUAUCAGUCCAGGCCAAGCCCAUCCGGAAGCAGCUUGUCGGAGCACGUGGCUGGCUCGAGCGUACCACUGAUGCCUCCAAUGACCAGCAUAUCUCCGACCCAAACCCCGUUCCUAAAGCGACGCCUCAGAAAAAGGGCGGGUUCCUCGACAGCCUCAGGAAGAUGGCCAAGGAAAUGACUACCUCUGCCAAGGACAUCACGUCCUCGGCCACCCGCAAGCCGCGCGAGAAAGACAAGCGUGGCUCCCGCCUCACGGUCUCCCUGGACCCCCGGGAGCAGAGUCUUCUCUACUGCGAGCUCGAGUUUUUACUGACCACCGCUCUCGACGGUUACAUCAGCAGCCAGUUCAACGCGGGCCGCCUCGAGGCUGACAAGUACAAGAAGAUUGUGGACGGCUGGCAGCAGCGCGGACGCCCCAAGGUCAUCGGCUUUCGAUACGACCUCGAGACGCAGCUGGACCUGAUUCUCUUGCACAGCCAGGACUUUCGCUUCUACGGCAAGCGCGCUGGCCUCAUCGCGGCGGUGAACGGAGUGCUUGACAUGACGCGGGUUGACGCUCGCGCCAUGCGCAUCCGCACAUUCUGUCAGCCCGACACGGUCAUCGCCAAGCAGCUCCUCGACGCCCAGUCUCUGUUCAACCUCGUUGGCUGCUGUGAGCAGCAGCAGAUCCAGCUGGCCGAGGUGAUCCAGUUUUUCAAGGUCAUCUUGGAACGAGAGCAGAACUUUCGACAGCACCAGAAUGAGGGCGGCACGGCCGAGCCGGCUCGCUCGCGGCAGAUAGACCCGGAAGAUCAGAACUCACGCGGCAGUGGCUGA